GCGGAGGAGGCGGGGCUCCGACCGGCUGAUCCUCCGCCGCCCGCGGUCGGAGGAACGUGAGUCGCGGGCCCUGGAGCCGAGAGGAACCUAGACGGCGGCGGGCGCGAGGGCGGGUGUCCCCGGAGUGGUCGUGCGGGAGUCGGCCGCUGCGCCUGGGCCUCCCGACUUGCAGGUCCCCUCUCUCUCCACCGGGACGCGGGAGAGCCCGGCGCGCGGCGGGGGCGCGAGGUGGAGCCGGCGGGGGCGGCCAAUGCGAAACUGGCUGGUGCUGCUGUGCCCGUGUGUGCUCGGGGCCGCGCUGCACCUCUGGCUGCGGCUGCGCUCCCCGCCGCCCGCCCGCGCCUCGGGGGCUGGCCCGGCAGAUCAGUUGGCCUUAUUUCCUCAGUGGAAAGCUAAUCACUAUGACGUGGUGGUUGGUGUGCUGUCAGCCCGCAAUAACCAUCAACUUCGCAAUGUGAUAAGAAGCACCUGGCUGAAGCAUUUAAUACAACAUCCAGCGUUAAGUCAACGUGUCCUUGUGAAGUUCAUAAUAGGUGCUCAUGGCUGCAAUGUGCCCGUGGAGGACAGGGAGGAUCCUUAUUCCUGCAAACUACUCAACAUCACGAAUCCAGUUCUAAAUCAGGAGAUUGAAGCAUUCAGUCUUUCGGAAGACGCUUCAUCAGGGCUUUCUGAGGACCGAGUUGUCAGCGUGAGCUUCCGGGUUCUCUAUCCAAUCGUUAUUACGAGUCUCGGGGUGUUUUACGAUGCCAGUGAUGUGGGUUUCCAGAGGAACAUCACUGUCAAGCUUUAUCAGGCAGAACAGGAGGAGGCCCUCUUCACUGCCCGCUUCAGCCCUCCGAGCUGUGGUGUGCAGGUGAACAAGCUGUGGUACAAACCCGUGGAGCAGUUCAUCUUACCUGAGAGCUUUGAAGGUACGAUCGUGUGGGAGAGCCAAGACCUCCAAGGCCUCGUGUCAAGAAAUCUCCACAGAGUGACAGUUAAUGAUGGAGGAGGGGUUCUCAGAGUCAUUACAACUGGGGAGGGUGCCUUGCCUCAUGAAUUCAUGGAAGGUGUGGAGGGAGUUGCAGGUGGUUUUAUUUAUACUAUUCAGGAAGGCGACGCUCUUUUAAAAACCCUUCAUUCUCGCCCUCGAAGACUUCUCGAUCAUAUACAUAAUCUCCACGAGGAGGAUGCCUUACUAAAGGAAGAAAGCAGCCUCUAUGAUGAUAUUGUGUUUGUGGAUGUUGUCGACACUUAUCGAAAUGUUCCUGCAAAAUUACUGAACUUCUAUAGAUGGACUGUGGAAACAACCAGCUUUGAUUUGUUGCUCAAGACGGAUGAUGACUGUUACAUAGACUUGGAAGCUGUGUUUAAUAGAAUCGCCCUCAAGAAUCUGGAUGGGCCUAAUUUUUGGUGGGGAAAUUUCAGGUUGAACUGGGCAGUUGAUCGGACCGGGAAGUGGCAGGAGCUGGAGUACCCCAGCCCCGCAUACCCCGCUUUUGCAUGUGGGUCGGGGUAUGUUAUCUCCAGGGACAUCGUCCACUGGCUGGCUGGCAACUCGGGGAGACUGAAGACCUACCAGGGUGAAGAUGUAAGCAUGGGCAUUUGGAUGGCAGCCAUAGGACCUAAAAGAUACCAGGACAGCCUGUGGCUUUGUGAGAAGACCUGUGAACCAGGAAUGCUGUCUUCCCCGCAGUAUUCUCCGCAGGAACUCACGCAGCUGUGGAGACUAAAGGAGCUUUGCGGUGACCCCUGUCGGUGUGAAGCAAGAGGAUGAUGAGGUCGAUCUGCUGUGUUAAAGGACAACAGAAGUUCUGACACAGGAACUUUGAGGAGACGUGACAGCAAGCCUUUCACCUUUUGAACUGUCAUGGAUUCUGUCAAGGAAAAGAAAGAACAUCAGUUCCCUCAGGCGACGGCCACGUGUAAGACGCGCUCACGCGCCGAGACCACACUGGCCAUGCGCGCUGUCACCGUCGUCGCGUGCUCAGUCUGCCCAAGGGACGCCCAGGCGACGGCUCACCCCCAACGCGGGCCACCAGGUCAGGCUGUCACGCCACUUAGGGGCUUGCUUGGGAGGCUGUGGGAGAACGGAGCUGAUGUCAGACCUAAGUGCCCUUUGAUGACGACUUUUCAUACCAUGUCCGUGGUGUUUAAUAUUUCCUCCUUAUUCUGAAUAAACCAGAAAUCAUUCUCAGCACAGAAAUAAAUGUGAGUGAAAUCGUUCACUUUUUACACCUGUGAUGACUUGCUUAAAGGACGCUGGCGUCAGGUUUGGGCGCAGUGAGGACUUGUGCCAGUCUCUCUGGCCGUAGUUUCCUCCUCUGUGAAGUGAGGGGUGUAGACUAACGACCCACAGGCCCCACUUUCCAGGGCUCCCAGGCUGUAAUCACUGUGGUGUGUGACGUGUGCAGCACACACACGCCGGGGACCGCUGGGCCCAGGGGUAGCUGAAUGAGGAAAUGCUUCCGUUUGUUCAGAAAGCAGUAUGAACUUCUUUCCAAAGAUGGGUUGUGAUAAAUAUUGGGUAUUUUGAUUAUGAGAAAUAGUUUUUCUGGAGCUUUAGCUGGAGGUACAGCAAUAGUGUGGUGUUCCUACAGAUAUCACAUGUAUUCAGAAAAAUAUUUUUUCUAUCAAACAUUUUUGUAAAAGCUGCGUCUUUAUGCAACUUGUGAUAAUAAAUGUUAUCUUUAUUUUAGAAUAAAAACUUGCCUUUUCUUGUUUAUGUAUUGAAUACUGACACUAAAUGAACAUCUAUAAUGUCAGUUAACAGUUUGUGCUUUGAUUUGUGAAUAUGUGACAAUCUUGUCCUUUCAAAGGGUUUAGGUGGACUGGCUUUCCUUGUUCAGAGGGUGGUUAGUGAUGGGUUAAUAACUCCGACUGCUGAGUUUAGAGAAUAUACAACUCAGAUUUAAAUUGCUUAUAGCAUAAUUAUUACAUAUAUUUUCUCCAUAUUAGUCUAAUCUGUUAAUUCUACUUGAAGGUGAAUAAAGCUCAGCCCAUGAGCACGGUGAGUGUUCCAGGGGAAAGGACUGCCCCAAUUAGAUGAACACAGACCUAAUAAGAGCAUUCCUGAGCAUUCCUGCAAGUUGAGUUCAUGUAAAAGGAGAAGGAAAAAUGCAAACAUGUCCAAAAUCAAUUAUAUUAAUUGAUGGUCCUCUUCCACUUGUCUGUUCCCAUUAGAGUCCUUACUGGCAAGUAUUUAAGUUUGAAAACAGAAAAAAGAAGGGGAACCACUAACUUUAAUUCAGCGUUAUGUAACAGUAGCAAAGUCACGUGUUGCAGGAGUGGAAACUGGGCUGCUGGUAAGGAAAAGUGGAUGAUACUGUGAGCUGCUAUCCGAUGAUGGCUUUCAGUCGUAAAGGUGCUUCUUGGGGCACAACAAAAGCCCUCCAUAAGCAAUACCAGGAUAACCUUGUUUUAUUUGAUAAAAAUGAAUUAAAAAAUCAAUGUGAAUUCACUGCACUGACAGGCAAAUAGAAAGGUAUUUCACUAGAGUCAUUUAUGAUAUUUUAUUUCUUCAAAUCCUCACUGUGCUAAAUUUGAGCUGUUUAUAUUUUAGUAUUUAACUGUGAAUCAAUUUUAAUCUUACGAUUCAGACUCUAUUUCUCUCUUGAGUGAACAGUGAGUUACACUGAUCUUUUGACAGAAAACUAUUUCAAAUGUGUCCAUUAAACAGUGUCGACGAGCUGUCUCUGCAGGGGCUCCUGACUGGUAAGCAGAAGCAAGCACUCAAGCCAAUGCCACUGUUGCUCUGGCCCAGAAAAGCCCCCAGAGCAGGCUUGUGAGAACCAGCCAGCAGAGGGCCUGUGGGAGCCCUGAAGGGCAAGCCCUAGGCUCCUGCCUCGGGUAAAGAAGUAACCACACAUGGGCUCCUGAUGCCAACAAAGAUGUUUUCUAGAAAAGCCAAGAGGUUACAGGAGACUCGAACUUUCGGGGGGGAGGCAGGCGCAGGAGGAGUAGUUUUAGCAUGAUCAGUUGUAUUUUAGAAUGUAGAAGACUAGUGAAAGCCCACACUUUGAACUGU